AUGACAGGGUUACCAACUUGCGCCCUGACGACACUCAAGACAACCCUUUCUGGUACAUGUUCAAGGUUCAGUGUACCUCUUGCCGUGAGGUCCACGCAAACCAUGUUGGCUGGAAGCAGGGGAGAGGCCAACUUUGUUUGGAAGUGCAAAAACUGCAAGCGAGAGUCGUCGGCAUCUAUCAAGGCUGCACCAGCUCCCUACGAACAGGGUGAGCCGGCGAAGGCUCAGAAGAUCAUCGAGUUUGACUGCCGAGGACUCGAAUUCACCGAAUUCAAGGCCGAGGGCGAGUGGCUGGCAGAUGGUGCCGAAACCAACACCAAGUUCAACGACAUUGACUUGGCAGAUGGUGAGUGGUUCGACUAUGACGAAAAGGCGAACGAAGAGGUCAGCAUCAACGAGAUUAAGUGGGAAAUUCUAUACAAUUCUCAGCCUCCAGAAACAAUGGCUCUUUCUGAGCUUCCAGGGACGGUCGACUUCCUCACCGAUGCAGCACACCUCCUCCGCAUGACAGCUCCAGAAACCUCGGCGCACCUCAUGAGCGUUCGCGGUCAGCUCCUCUUCCAGCAAGGGAUCCCGCCAUCCGACAUUCAGCGCCAACAUGUAUGUGGCAGAUGUGGUCUAAUCAUGAUCCCAGGCCAGGGAGUCACUCUGAAGAUUGACGCGCGAAAAGCCAUUCGAAGAAAGGCCGAGGGCGCAAAGUCAACCAAAUCAACCCCUGAAGUCUCCCAGCCUUCAGGCCCUUGCAAGGCUUUUCACUGCAACAGCUGCCAACAGGACACAAAGAUAUCGCUUCCACCUCCUGGACCUGCCACACGACGCAAGGCUACGAUCCAAUCCAAGAUCAAGAAGGCUGUUGCUCCUGAGCCACUUAAGCCAACUGCAAAUGCCAGCAGCAAGAAGAGGGCCAAGAAUCGAAAGGCAGGGCUACAGGCGCUUCUUUCAGGACAAAAACAGCAAACAGCCAACCCACUCAGUCUCUCUCAUUUCAUGAAAUGA